UGAGGAAAGGCCGCCUGUGGGGGGCGCUGCUCCCGCCGGUCGCUGCCGUCCGUCCUUCCGUUCGUCGGUUCGCUCACUCGCAUCGCCUGCAACCCGAGAAGGGCCAGAAAAGAGAGAGGGAGAGAGCGAGCGAUGGCGGCGAGAGAGGCGAACCUGCGCUCCGUCUGCAUCCUACUGAUGUGUCUGUCGGGGGAGGUGUUGGGCGGGAGGGAUUUCUACCGGAUUCUGGGGGUCUCCAAAAGCGCCUCCGUGAAGGACAUCAAGAAAGCGUAUCGGAAGUUGGCGCUGCAGCUGCACCCGGACCGGAACCUGGACGACCCCGAGGCGCAGGACAAGUUUCAGGACCUGGGGGCAGCUUACGAGGUUUUGUCUGAUGAAGAAAAGAGAAAACAGUAUGAUCAUUAUGGUGAAGAAGGUUUAAAAGAAGGUCGGCAAGGUUCCCACGAUGACAUAUUUUCACACUUCUUUGGGGACUUUGGCUUCAUGUUUGGGGGAAACCCAAGGCAACAAGACCGGAACAUUCCGAGAGGAAGUGACAUUAUCGUGGAUCUUGAAGUUACACUUGAAGAAGUGUACUCGGGAAACUUUGUAGAAGUUGUAAGAAACAAACCAGUGGCAAAACACGCCUCAGGGAAGAGGAAAUGCAACUGUAGACAAGAAAUGAGAACAACACAGUUGGGUCCGGGCAGGUUCCAGAUGACUCAGGAGAUGGUUUGUGAUGAGUGCCCUAAUGUUAAGCUUGUAAAUGAGGAGCGAACACUCGAGGUAGAGAUAGAGCCCGGUGUUAGGGAUGGAAUGGAAUAUCCUUUCAUUGGCGAAGGUGAACCUCAUAUAGAUGGAGAGCCAGGAGAUCUGAAAUUUAGAAUAAAAGUUUUAAAGCAUCCAGUAUUUGAGAGAAGGGGUGAUGAUCUGUACAGUAAUGUUACAAUUUCACUAGUGGAGGCCUUGGUAGGAUUUGAAAUGGUUAUUACACAUCUGGAUGGACACAAGGUGCAUAUAGUUAGAGACAAAACCACAAAACCGGGUGCAAAACUUUGGAAGAAGGGCGAGGGACUACCAAACUUUGACAACAAUAAUAUUAAAGGUUCUUUGAUAAUCACAUUUGAUGUGGACUUCCCCAAGGAUCAACUAACAGAUGAUCAGAAAGAAGGUGUAAAACAAUUGAUUAAACAAGGACCAGUGAAGAAAGUUUACAAUGGACUUCAGGGAUAUUGAUGUAAACCGAAAUAAAGCAGCCUUCUAUUUGAUAAUUAAAUUUAAUCUGUGGCUUUAUUUAUUAUCUGAGAUUUCUAAUGUUGAAUUUGCUUGGUGGCAGGGAAUUGCUUAUAUUUGUGUGUGUUUACACAACACUAUAUAUUUUUCCCACUUAAUUAACUUUCCAAUCUUGCCCUCUCCCCCCAAAAAAAAACUAUAAUUUAAAAAAAAUCCUGAUAUUGGCCAUGUUCAGAUAUCAACACUGACCAGGUGUCUCAAACAUGUUGACAUUUGUGAACAAAUAAUUUUCAGUGUUCAUCUUCCAAAAAAGAAUGAUGGCCUUCAGAUUUUCUCCCCAACUGUCUUUUUGUUGAAAAUGUGGUGUUUAGGGAUUUUAUUUUGUUUGAUUGACUCUUGUUUGUUUGAUUUCAGCCAACAGCUGGAUAGGUCAGGGUCACUUUAUUUCAGACUAUUGUUUCUUGAAGGUGUUAUCGAACAUAACCACAAGCUGCAAUGCAAGUGUCCCUGUAACAUCUGAUGAAACGGACUGUGUCAUUUGAUGCAAUAGAAUGCGUCAUCUCAUGAAAUGUGCAAAUGCAACAUUAUUUAGCUCAGAUAUUUCAAUGUGAUUUUUGGUUUAACCUGUUUUCACCUAAAAUGUCAACAGAAAUAACAAAAACCUCUUUUGUUGGAAUGUAUUGACCUCGAUGUCAACAAAAGUAAUUAGUUACUGUACAUUCUACAGUGGGAAAAUGUGUCAUGCAGAAAGAUUGUUUAUGCAAGUGGUGGUAAAUAUGGCAAUAAUGUUGUAAACUGACCAUUCAUACACUUUAUGGACUAAAAUGUAGAGGGAAAAACAUUGUAUUCAAACCAAGGCAGGAUGACCAACACAUCUCGUGCACAUAUUUUCAAUUGACUCCAAGCCUCCCUCCAACUGGAUUGUCCAACAAGUUUAAAAUGCAGUGUAAUGUGUUUAAAGCUUGAAGGCUAAACUAUAAAAUGACAUUAAGACUGAACUUUUGAGGCAAUGGAUAGAUUUUAUGUCAGGAUCUAUCUGCUCAAAAUAGCAACAAAAGUUCCACUGGUCAAUCUGCAACUACUGUAUAUUUGAAACCAGACUGAUAUUAGAACGUCUGAGCAUCGAUUGGGCAUUUUAACAUCAUCCUUCAAAUGGAAGAAGCUCCCAGUACUUUUGGUUUGGUUAUAUCCUUUGGUGCAUACUUAAGUUGAUGGUUAUAUGCCUAAUACAGUUUAAAGUUUAAAUGUUAAACCCAAAGAGUUAAAACAAUGGAUGUCAAAUGCCAUCCAUUCAAAACUGAAGGAUACAAAUGUGUUUGUUGUUAGUUUGUGUGUUAUAGAGUUACAGACUGGGUGGGGAGAGGGGAAGAUCUAUUGGAUCAGUACAAUCCAAUGUUAUUCAUGGUUUCUCAAAGAAUUGUAUUUCUAUCUUUCCAAAUUCAGUCCAUUGUGUAGGUUUAGAUUUCUGCUGUUGGAAGAGUUUACUGUUUUCCCAUAAUUUUUGACCGAAGCAAAAUUGCAAGCAAAUGUUACUCAGAAAAGGUUUUUCACGUGGAAAGUGAACGUUCUAAAACGCAAAAUACAAUUUUGUCUUGUUUUGUAUAUAUGGUUAAAUAAAAACUGUUAUGGUCUGUUAA